GCGAUAACUGAACAUGGCUGCAGCAAGACGAAUAGGCAAAGUGUCACUGAAGAACACGGCGUUGCUGUUGUGUGACAUGCAGGAGAAGUUCCGUGGAAAUAUAAUGUAUUAUCCACAGAUUAUUGAGGUGGCCAGGCGAAUGUUGGAAGGUGCGAAUGCUCUUGACAUGCCGGUGAUUGUCACAGAGCAGUAUCCCAAAGGACUGGGACACACUGUGUCAGAAUUAGAUGUUAGUCAACUGAAGGUUUUUCCUAAAACUCAUUUUUCGAUGUUAAUCCCAGAGGUUGUGGAUCAUAUAAAAACAAUGAAAGAUAUCAACUCUGUGAUGAUUUGUGGUAUUGAAAACCAUGUGUGUGUCCAGAACACAGUCCUUGACCUUCUAGAGGACAAUUUUGAUGUCCAUAUUGUAGCAGAUGCCUGCUCAUCUCGAACUAUGACAGAAAGGAUGUAUGCCUUUCAACGUAUGAAGGAUGCUGGAGCCUAUCUAACGACCAGUGAGAGCAUGCUUCUAGCACUAGUGGGAGGAGCUUCACAUCCGCGAUUUAAACAAAUCCAGAAAAUUAUCAUGACUUCCGCCCCAGAUACAGGACUACUUACGACGAUCAAAGGAGAAACUGCUGUGUGAUUUCAUUAUUGAAAAUAAACAUAAAUCAAUGAGCUUCCUAAUGGAUUAUUCUACUUGAAUGAAGUGCCAAUUUUGUAAUUCUAAAGUUGUAAAAGAAAUGUUUUCAUCAUUUUAUUUUCAAUCAAAAACAUUUCAUAAAUUAUUUCAUCUUUCAAAAUUCUUUUAAUAUUACAUGUACAUUUGAUACUUUAAAGUUAUAAAAGUCCUUUUUGUCAAAUUAAUCCAGUUUAAAAUUCCCCUAUCUUGAAAUGGUUGUAAACUGGACCAAAAAACUUGUCACAGAUCAGUACAACUUAUUUUGAUUUUAGGUAGAUGGAGAAUUUGUGAUGCAUGUCAUACAUGUACAGAUAUUAUAUAAACUCUAAGUCAAACAUUUUUGUAUGAUAUAUAUUUUAUUAAUAUAAUAAUAGUAUGUUGUUACCUUUAGAAGUGAUGAAUUGGCAAUUUGAUGUAUUAAAAGCAUGUGAUCAUGUUAUUGCUGAUUAAAGAUGAUAAAUACAUUUGUGAGAAAAA